AUGUCCAGCAAAAUCAAGAUACUGGUGCCUAUCAAAAGAGUCAUCGAUGCUGCACUCAAACCAAGAAUCAACAAAACACACACAGGAGUAGAGUCCAAAGGUGUAAAGUACAGCAUCAAUCCUUUCGAUGAUAUUGCCGUUGAAGAGGCUUGCAAGAUGAGAAAGAAUCAUAAAGACUUGGUUGAAGCUAUCCACGCAGUUUCUAUCGGGCCAGGUAAGGCGAAGGAGGUUUUGAGAACCGCACUAGCCAAGGGGGCAGACACCUCUACCCUAGUUGACGUUGGAGAGGAGGAGGUCGAGCCUUUAGUUGUCUCCAAGAUUUUAAAGAGCUUUGUCGAGAGGGAAGGUUCGAAUCUUGUUGUGUUGGGUAAGCAAGCCAUCGACGAUGACUCCAACCAAGUUGGACAAAUGCUAGCAGGGUUACUUGGUUGGUCACAAGCUACAAAUGCAGCAAAAAUUACUAUAGGAAAAGACGGUAUUGUUGAAGUGGAAAGAGAAAUUGACGGCGGUGUCGAGGUUGUCAAGGCCCCACUUCCUAUGGUGAUCAGUACUGACUUGAGAUUGAACGAGCCGAAGUUUGUCACUUUACCAAAGAUGAUGAAGGCAAAGAAGAAGCCAUUGGAGGUUGUCAAGCCAGCAGAUUUGAACAUCGAAAUAAGCAAAAGACUAGAAACAGUUUCCCUGGAGGAACCAGCACCAAGAAAGGCGGGGGUAAUGGUGAAUAACGUAGACGAGUUGAUUUCUAAGUUGAAGGAAUUGAAAGCAUUAUAG